AUGGCAGAAUUUUUCACCCAAGAUUUCACCAAAGAUCACUGGAAAAAAGUAGCGGCGAAGAAUGCAUUUGUGCUUAUGAGUAAGCAGCGAUUUCAUCAUGCUGCUGCAUUUUUCCUAUUGAGUGGAAGCAUCAGAGACGCUGUUCAGACAAUUCUCCGCAAAUGCCGCGAUUUACAGUUGGCUAUUGUAGUUCUACGUCUUUACGAAACUGAUGUCGAUGUGCAGCAAGCAAUGCUCAAAGAAAUGUUAUGCCGUGAAGUGCUUGGACAAUCCCCGGAAGAUUUUGAAGAGUUCCGUGGAGUAAUAGACAACGACAGUAGUUCUUGGAGCCCUGAAGCGAGCAAGGAUCCUUUCUUGAGAUCUAUGACGUACUGGUUUCUAAAGGAUUACACGCGAUCAGCCCAUACGCUUGUUCAAGAGGCACACCGUGAUGGAGCUACUUUACGGACACCUCUUUCUGACAUUUUCAAUUUUUACUCUUUUCUUAGAAGGCAUCCCCUUGUUGUUAGACAGCGUAUUGCUGAUGCUGGUGUGAAGGUCAGUUCAACAGAGCAGUUCCUAGCUAUUGGGAAAGCACUCGAGAGACAGGUCACCUCAUCGGAACGCAGGCUCUAUUUCCGAACUGCUGCUGAACACAUGGCGCAUGGUUGCCCCAUGCUUGCUUUGGACUUUUCUCAUCAAGACGUGACGGGAUGCUCCGACGUUAUUGCUCAACAUCUCAAGUUUGUUGCUUCUAUGCGGAUUUUCACAGAAGAGUUGUCCACGUUGGCAAGCGGAUGUGAAGUUGACGGGGGACGCUUCAGGAAACAGCUUUUCCACUGGAUUGGAAAGGAAGUGGAAGUUCUGAAGACGUUGUGCGAUUAUCGUUCAUCCUCUAGUGAUAGUUCCAUGCUGAGUGAAGCACCAGAAACGGAACCUUCGUCGGAAAAACAUGGUCCUCAUGCAUCUACUAGCACCGAUAGUUCUAAAGUCGUGGAAAAGGAAAAUGCAGCCGCAGAGAAGUGGAAGUGGUUAACAUGCAAUCAGAAUCUGCUGAGGUCAUUUACCUCCUUCUGUGCACUUCAUUCUGCUCAAAAUCACCGGCUUACUUCUGCGCUUAUGGAACUGCUUCUACUUCUACUGGAGUCACAGAAGGACAUGAAUGUCAAGCCUCCGACUGGUUUCGAGCAUAAUUCAUUCCCUCUCUUCAUUGCAUCGAUAUCAACUUCAAGGAUGUUCGUGUCAUCUCCUUUAUCAUUUAUCCAAAACCAGUGCUACGACCUACUCACUUCCAUUACGGAUUUGGCGACUGUACCUGAUCUGGGAAACCAUUUGCAAAAGGCGUACAAGCUGUACAAUCUCAGUCAGGGUCUUUCAUCCAGUUUAUACCAGUCGCUAUGCGGUAUUGAUGAGUCUGUAACAGCAUGGACUGGUACAGGCACGAUACAG